CCGUUAUCUUUUAACCGUUAUCUUUCUUCUAGACUUCACUUCAGCCGUUAACGGUAACCCAGCCAGUCCAAGAUGUAUUCUAUAGUUGUUUUUACUGAAAAGAAUGAGACAGAGGUAAUACCAAGUGACUGGCUGAGCAUCGACAAAAAAAUUUCCUUUUGGCCCCCAUAUAACACUACAAAAUGUAGAAAAGCGGUUGAAAAAAAUGAAACUCCUGAUGAAGAAUGGGACGAAUAUAUAACUGAAUGGGUGGCUGAGUAUGAUUCCUAUGAAAAAGCCAGAAGAAAGCUGGUGAAAUUUUGUAAAGGCAACAGUUUGGAGUCUACAGAUGAGGACAGUGUACGGAAAAGAGUACCAUCAUCAAAAUAUGUAAAUGGUUUUACAUCGGAUACAGCCUCAGGAAGACCUCCAGUGCAGGCCUCAACAAGCUGGCUCCACACAGAGACAAUGGAAAGACCAAAAAAAAAAAAAUUCUGCAGUAACGGAGCCAAAAGCCUGACCUUGCCAGCCAUACCACCAUUUGCACCAUCAGCACCUGCUGUGACAGUCCCUGAACCAAGACAAGAUGAAAGAGAACUCCGGCUCUACCAGAUGCUGGAAGAGAUAAAAGGUCAAGUCAGGCAGAAUACACUCCUCCUUCAGGCCAUUUUGCGAAAAGAGAAUGCAGCUGAAGUUGUGAAUGAGGAGUUUCAUUUUCCAAUAAGGAGCAUGACAGGCAUAAAAGAUCUGGAGGAUAGCCUGUCAAACAGAGACACACAGCGUUCUCUAACAAGAUAUCUUACCAGCUUGGGUGGAACAUCAGCCAAAGACAUUGUCCACAGGAUUAUGAGAGAAAUAAUGACCAAUGAGUUGGCCAACAAGUUUAAUUGGCAAGGGAGAGGACAGAAGAGUCCAUUUUCUACACUUUUGCUAGCAAAAGUUGUCAUAGAUGCAGCCAAAAAACAAGGAGCAAAAGUGGUGGAAGCCGAGGAAAAAAUAAAAACCUGGCUGAAGUAUAGUGGAGACCGAAAUGGAGGAAGAAAAAAAAGAGCAACAGAAAAAGAAAAGCAGAUGCCUCCCCCUCAAGCAGAUUCCAGCAGCUGUGAAAGUGAAUGUAAGUGUCUUCCAAUGAUUGUUUUUUCUUCCUCUGUCUAACCCCACCACUAAACAGAGGUGUAUUUCAUCUUUACUAGGCGUACACUAGAUGUAUAAUAAAUUUGCUACCCCAACAUGAUGUA